AUGAUAUUUCUACUCUUAGUACUGUUCGUGAAUUUAUCUGCGUCAUUAUCUUAUAUUCCACCUAAAAUUACUGUUCAUCGUUUAUCAAUCAAUCCUAUUAUCUCAUUCUGGCACAAUCAAUCUCAAUUUCGAUUCAAUUAUAACAGUGCCUUUAUUUCACUUCCCGAUGACAGUAUUGCUCUUGUUGUUCGUGUACAAGAUUUAUUACCAAAUGCAACGUCAAAUUAUGAUGUUGGUCCAUCAAAAUUAGCUCUUGUACGACAACUUGAUAGCAAACAGAAUAAAUUUGAAUACGUACAUAGUGAACAGAUUAUUAUCGAUUCGGACGAUCGACCUUAUCAAGUAGCUGGUGUCGAAGAUCCUCGAAUUAUUGUUGUCAAUGGUAGUUAUUAUCUAUUCUAUACAGCAGUUUAUUGGACUCCUUCACACGAAUGGAGUGCUCAUGCUGCAUUGGCUACUUGUGCAUCAAAUAAAGAUCCGACAAAAAAGGAAAAUUGGAUUUUACAUCCACCUUUAUUUCCUGAAUUGUCAUGGAGUAAAGCAGCAACAUUACUUGUACAUAAUGUAACACAUCAAUAUCUCUUCUUUAAUGAAUCGAAUAUUGAAUUAGCAUUAGCAACAACAAGCGAUUUACUUCAUUAUACAUAUACGAAUCGCUCAUUUAUUGAAAAACGUGUCGAUUAUUUCGAUAGUGAAUUAGUUGAACCUGGACCUGAACCACGUCGUUUAAGUGAUGGAAAUUAUCUUUUUCUAUACAAUUCAGCAAGACGUCUACCUUUACCAACAAAUCAUUUGAAACCAAAUUGGGAUCGUGAAUAUAAUUUAGGAUGGGUCAUCAUGGAUGGUAAUGAUCCAACAAAAAUUCUUGCUCGAAGUGAUCAACCGAUCCUAACACCUGAACUCGACUGGGAACGAUGUGAUUUGACAUCAAAUAAAUGGGCCGAAAGAGGUCUUACACCGCAAGUUGUUUUUGCUGAAGGUUGGAAACAGACAUCCAUCGAUCAGUUUACAUUGUGGUAUCAAGGAUGUGAUGCAGUUACUGGAGUAGCGCAAGUUACAGUUGAAUUUUGA